AUGAGGACGACGCCCAAGCCUGGACAACACCCAGUCGCAACCACGACGAACUUGAACACCCCAGGUCACGAAUUUCCGGGCUCAUAUCCCAGGGAACUCGAGCAAGAGAAAUCCCGCGGCGAUGGGUCUGAAGGCCCUGCGGCUGGCGCCUCAGUUGUUCAAACCGCGAAGCAGUACAUGCCGGAACCUGUGGGGCGCACGGUCGACUAUGCUAGUAAGACAGCAGCUGCAUACAUUCCUAUUCCUCAGGGCGUCAAGAAAACAGUGGCUUCCUACUGGUAUUCUCAGCCUAAAGCGACUCAGUCUGAGUUGGACCAACAUCUGUCUACUUCUCUUCCAAGUUCAGAGUUAAAGGGCGCCCAGCCUCAUGAACACGUUGGCGGUGUUGGUUCCCUGCCAGGAACUAUCUCAGAAUCAAGUGUCGCCUUACUACCCGAUGAACGGGCAGAGAAAGAUGCUCAAAGACCGGUAAAAUUGGCAAAGGACGAGUCUCAAACACAAGGUGAUAACCAGGCCAAGAGUGCCGCCUAUCCUUCCGGUGCUGCUGCGGUUGCUGCGAAGCCAGAGGUAAGUACGACUAUGUUUGUUUCCACCUUGAUGUCUCUUCCUUUUCUUCGCGAUUAUGGGACGCAGAUGGAGCCUCAGCAACUGGACAAAUCACCUACUCAGCAAACGGAUCAGUAUCCCGCAAAGCUUUCUGAUCCAAAGUCUAUGUCUGUUGAUAACACUCCAAAGCACGAAGUGCUGGAAGAGCAACGUUCGCUCGAGACUGAGACAGCUGGUGUUGGCGGAACUGCCACAGGAGCGGCUCAAAUACGUGAUCAACCACCAAGCGAGACAACAGAGAGUCAGGCAGCCAAAACUGCCGUUGUGGGAAGUGCAGGAGGUUACGAUACCGAUUACCACCCGGCAAAGUUGCAUCCGCCGCCCGUUCAAGUUGGUGAAAGCACGAGCCAGGCGAAAGCUCAGCCUGACUCUCCCGUGUCGCCGGCAUCUGCGCCUCCAGCGAGCGUUGCAGACAGCUCUAAGGAACAUCGAGUGAGUUUCCUGGAUAAACUCCGAGGUGAGGCCAAGGUAAUCGCUGGGAAGAUGACUGGCAAGGAGGAUAAAGUGGAAGAGGGCAAACGGAUAAUGCAUGGCGAAGUGUAA